GCCAACGUGAUAAGAGUUUUAUAAGCGUGGGCGAAGGUGAUAAGCAGAGGUUUUUUUUUAUUCCUAUCCAAUAAUAAUACAGUGUGGAAUAAACAACGGGUGACAAACGUCGAACGUUGGACCGCGCAGCGAAGAUUUCUUUUCGAUAUGAUCGAAGAACUUGCCGUAGAGCACGCGGCCUACGUAAGAGUUGACCUCACUGACCAGGUCAAAACUCUUCACGAUACAAUCGAAGAUAUGAUGAUGAGGCUCGAGGAGUUCGAAUCCAUAUUCGGAAUGGUUCAGACAGAAGGCGCGGAAUGUCUUAGCGGGCAGAUACCGCGGUUACAAAUAGCGCAACAACAAUUGGGCGGUCUGUGUCGUCGGAUCGACGCCCUGGAACACGUUCUUGCACGGGUGAACGUGAACCUCGAUUCUUUGGAAACAGCUGUGGAGGCUGCGGAGGCUGACUUGGGAGUCCCGGAUUCGUUGCUCAGCAAACUCAUUCCAUUGUCUUUUUUCGUAAAAAAAAAACCAAGAACCGUCCACCCGCGGCGGAAGAACACCGAUUUUCGAACCGCCGAUCAUUUACAAGACUGAAGAUUUUUUCACCCCGGAAUGAAGCGCGUUCAACUGAAAAAUUGCACGACUAUGUAAUUGCAUAGCGGUACAAUACUUAUUGAUAACUCGUAAUUUUGCGUGGGAGGAGAAUAUUCUCAAGUUUAAGGUCAAACGAAAUCAUUAGACGCCCCGAUAAAUGACAUAAUAACACACGUGAUGUAGUUGAAUAAAAAUUUUUGGAAGAUUCUAAA